AUGAAUAACAAUCAUAGUCUUAAAUGUAUUAACAUUAUGGUUAUUUUAUUAUUCUUUAUUAUUAUUCUAUGUCAAUGUAAAAAAUUAAAAUUACCUAAAGAAGUACGUGAAGUAUUUCAAUUACAUAAAUAUUAUCGUAAUUCAAUACGUUUUUGUCAAAUGCCAAAUCAACCUCCAGCAAAACGUAUGUCAAAAUUAAAAUGGAAUACAUAUUUAGCAGAAAAAGCUCAACUUUCAGCUAGUCGAUGUGAUUACUCUUAUGAUAGUCCAAGUGAUAUGAAUUUUGAUGAAUUCGGUACAGUAGCGCAAAAUAUUGCUGAUAGUCCAACAAUUGAAAAAGCAGUAGCCAGUUGGUUUGUUGAAUACAAGAGCUAUUCUUUUAAUGAUAACAAAUGCAAUGAUACAUGUAUGCAGUAUAAACAGAUAGUAAAAGGUGAAGAGACUGAAAUUGGUUGUGGUGUACAAAAAUGUGGUAAAAGAUUUUUAGUUGUGUGCAAUUAUUCACCAGCAGCUGAAGAAGAUAGACAACCGUAUGAAAAAGGCACUCAAGAGAAUUGCGAUGAUGUUGAUGAUGCAGAAUAUUAA